AUGCCUUCCUGGAAUGACGGGGAUACGAGCUCAGAGGAUGAGUGCGACAUCACAAGCGUGGACAUGGCUCUUUGGAGUGAAGGUGUUAACUGUGGUGUUACUGAGUGGGUUGACAAGCCCUGGCAUCCAAUUCUUCAGAAUUGCUUGUCCAGGCCGUGGGACAUGUACCAUGAACAGAAUUGUGGCAGGGUAGUUGAUAAGCAGAAGUAUGAGAAGCAUUUGGCCAAGCUUAAGACUGAAAAUGACAAGUUGUGCAUUGAGUACACAAAGCUUGUCCAAGAUGUAUCCAAGAUGUUUGAUUGGCAGGAUGGUAGGGUAGACCACAUGGAUUACCAGAAGGCAGUUGAGGGGGAAGAAUUUGAGAAGAAGAAUAAUAAAGAGGUAGAAGAGAGUGCUAGGUUGGAGGUUCAGAUGGAGAAGCUCAAACUUGCCAAGGAACAAAGGUGCAUUUUACAGAGUCAAGCUGACAUUAUCAAGAAUACCAGGAAGGCAAAAAAGGAGGUUGAACAGAAGAGAGAUUUGCUUAAGAUAGAGAAGGCCAAGCUUGAGCAUGUGGUGAAUGAGCUGCUGAAGGAUGGGCAUGCAAGCAAGGAGAAACUUGAGAAAAUCAAGGCCAUCCUUGAUUCAUGA